UCUGAACCGUCUCGCCAGGCGAAAGCAAAAGCAAAGCUUUGCUUGCUCGUGCGCGUUUCGAAUCACAUACACCACUCACCCAUACACACAUACACACAUAAAUACAAGCACACACACUCACACAGAGAAAGAACCGUGCAUGGUGCGCGAGGCGAAAUAGUAUAAAUCAAAUGAAAACUUCGUAUUACGAGUAUUAAAUAAUAGUUCUACUAUAACAUAUACACAUACUAUACAAUAUAUGAACUUUACGCAGCAACUGCUGGCGCUGAGUGAAGAAUGAAACACAAGUGAUGCGAUUUGCAGGCCCAAAACAAAAGGUCUUAGCCAAAUAUAUCGUCGCAUGUUUUCCAAUGCAACGCUUUUCUUCUGUAUCUGUUUUCCGCAAAACACCCACAUUGCAAUCUCGUGCUCGUGCUAACUAACUGUGGAUAAAAAAAAGGGAAACAACACAAAAAAAAAAAAAAACUUUGUAAUCAAUUAAAUUAUUUAUUCAAUUAUUCCAAUUAAUCGAAAGCUGAAAAUCUGCUCAUUAAACUAAACCAACUACAAGCGAAGCGUUUGAAUUAACAACAGCUGCAAAAAUGAUCGUUCGUCGACGCUCUCGCCGUGCGCGCAUGUGGAACAUGGGAUUGCUUUUCCUCAUCUACUACUGCGUGAGCAUCUACUCGGCCAAGGGUGAUGAGAAGGCCGAUAUUCCCUUGGAUGUUGGCGCUCUGCCCGAAGCCGCCGAUGCCGAUGUGCCACCGGAACUUGUGAACACUUCGCCCAACCCCAUGCUGUCCACUGAAAAAUUCGAUGAGCCGUUGCAAACUACGAUGGCCACAGCGCAUGGUGCGGUGCCCACUUGGCGUCCGAAGCGGGAGAACUGCACGCCACCGGCCAUUGAGCAAUUUCCGCAGCCAUUGAUGAACAAAUGGGCGCGACGACAUGGUGGCCUCAUCCUCCACAUCCUGGUGGCCAUCUUCACCUUCUUCGGCCUGGCCAUUGUGUGUGACGAGUACUUUGUGGCCAGUCUGGACAGACUCUGCGAGGAGCUGCAUCUAUCGCCGGAUGUGGCUGGUGCCACAUUCAUGGCUGCCGGCAGCUCAGCUCCAGAGUUGGCCACCGUUGUCAUUGGCGUGUUCUUUGCCAAGGAUGAUAUUGGCAUUAGUGGCGUCAUUGGUUCCGCUGUGUUCAACAUCAUGUUCGUCAUCUCGGUGUGUGCUCUCUGCUCCGGCACUGUUUGCCAGCUCAACUGGUGGCCUUUGGUCCGCGAUUGCUUCUUCUACUGCGUGUCCAUAUUGGUCAUGCUGAUAAUCAUAUUCAAUGAUGUCAUCUCCUGUUUCGAGUCUGUGGUAAUGCUGCUCUGCUAUGUGGGCUACUGUGUAGCGCUGUGUUUCAACACGGAACUAGAGCGCUGGGCGUUGAGCUUGAAUCUGCCCUUCAAGCUGCCCAGCAAGGAGGAGCAAUCGGCAUUGGUGACCUAUAAGAAUGUGCCCGAAAGUUCCUACACCCAGGGCAACGGGGGACAGACGCAGACGAAGGAAACUGAUCCCAGUGCGCAGCAGAAGCAACAGGAUCCAACACAAGGCGACUACCAGAGCUACAAUGACCCCAAUGCCAGCUGGGAUCCCAACGCAGCUUGGGGUGAAGAGUCGAACCAGAGUCAAGCCUCAGCAGCAGCGAUGCCAAUGGCAGCCAGUGCUAGAAGCAGCCAACCGCCGGUCGAUGAUUGGGGCAUGGGUCAGUUCAAUCAGGGCCAAGGUCAAGAGAAUAUGGGCUAUCACGGCGAUCAGCCGGAUUCGGUGGUAACGGGUGAGCAGGCUGCUGCUGCAGCAGCCGGAGCCGGAACUAAAAGUCAAGUGGCCACAACGCCGGGUGGCGGCGUUGAGUAUUACAAGUCGACGGAUAAACAGCGUGAGGCACGCCCCGAUCCACUGAUGCGACCCACGGAGGGCGGUUUGCCAGCAUUGGUCGCCUGGUAUGUGGUAUAUCCGAUCCACUAUCUGUGCAAGUUGACGAUGCCGGAUUGCCGGCAGCAUCAGUAUCGCAAUUGGUAUCCAUUCACGUUUCUCAUCUCAAUGGUUUGGAUCUCGUUCUAUUCGUACUUUAUGGUCUGGAUGAUAACGGUGAUUGGCUCCACGUUGGCCAUACCCGACACUGUGAUGGGCCUGACGUUCGUUGCCGCUGGCGUUUCGGUACCGGACGCCCUAAGCUCAAUAGCGGUUAUCAAAGAGGGCUUCGGCGACAUGGCCGUAUCGAAUGCAAUUGGCUCGAAUGUCUUUGAUAUACUAGUGUGCUUAGGUCUUCCGUGGUUCAUACAAACGGCUAUCAUUGCGCCCGGCUCGCACGUCAAUGUCAUAUCCAAGGGUCUGGCAUAUUCCACACUCUCGCUCUUCUCCACCGUUGUCUUCUUGAUACUGUCGACCCAUCUGAAUGGCUGGAAAUUGGACAAACGCUUGGGCAUUAUACUGAUGAUUUGGUAUCUGUUCUUCAUCACGCUGGCGGCGCUCUACGAGAUGAACGUCUUUGGCUACAUGAACCCACCAGAAUGUGCAAGUGAAUUCUAAAUGGAUAAAACGAUUAACUUGACUUAUAGACCGACGCACCUAGAAUCACAUUCACCAGCACCAAGUAUGCAUAUGAUGAAUACCAUAUGAAUAAGUACGGACAUAAACGAGUACUCGUGCAGUACGCAGCAGCAACAACUAUAAAAAUAAAUUACAAAAAUAGUCCCAACAGCAACAAUAGAAAACAACAACAACAACAACUUGAUAAUAGAUGUAAAUGAAAAUGUUAUUGUUAAUGGGACAACAAUUUAUUACUCAACGCGCGUUUUACAUGGAUUUUUACAUGCACCAAUUGAAUGAAAAUAUAUACUAUAUACAUACAUACUAUAUAAUAUAUAGAUGCAAAGAAAGAAACCCAUAUACAAGAACAUAUAUAGAAGCAUAUAUAUAGCACUGUAGAUAGGGUGAAAUGUAUUAAAUUAAGUACAAGUAACAAGUAUAAACAAAAAGCAGCAAAUCAAUGAAAUUUGUUGUCGCGGUUUUAUGGAACAACACGAAUAGAAAAGGAACAACGCAAAAUUCAACAAAAACACUUACACUCACAUAUACAUAUAUAAAGUUGACGAAUGUUUUACAUUAGGCAAUGAUUUUUACAUCGAUUUAUAAUAUAUAUGUAUUUAUCGAAUGUUGUUUGGUUUGUAAGAAUCUCUUUUCCACAUAGAAACAUUCUUUCGAUUCUCGUUUCGCUUCUCUUUUUGAGAUCUUACAAGUCAUACAAAGAAAUGAAUUCAUUUUACUUAAUCAAUGAAUGAUAUCAACGAAUUUUUAUUUAAUUUGUUAUUACAUAUUUAUAUUAAUUAUACCCUGUAACAAAAGAUUCCAAAGACAAGAGUCUGUUUGUCUGAUAGAGAUCAAUAGAUUCGAUUAUUAGAGAUGAAUUAAAUUAUGUAUUAGAAACAAAUUUAUUUUUUACUUUACAUUUAAUACCGGGUAUAUGCUAGUCGUUUCCCAUUCGACUAGAUACUUGUUUUCUGUUCGUAUUUAGACUCACACAUUUACAUUAAUACCAGAAGCAUUCAACAGGCAGGAUAAAACAGAACAGAAAGCAAAUUUCAAGUAAUAUUUAUGUAGAUAUUUUAAAUGCAAUUUGCAAUAAACGAAAUAUGAAAAUGAAUGUAUAUUUUGUACAAUUAAGUAAAUAUAUUUACAAAAUAGCCACAUUGAUUAAACGAAAACGUCCUAAGUUUAGCCACAUAAAACAACAACAACAACAACAACUAUCGUUUAAACAACAACAAAAACAAAAGCAAAAAAGAGAAUGUCAACAAUAUUAACAUAAAAAAUUACAAACAAAUAUUUAACAUUAUGGCAAUUAAUGGCGUCAAUUUUUUACUGUAAAUAUAUAUUUAUUCUAAAUGUAUACAAAAUUCGUAAAUCAAAUAAUGUAAAUUUAUAGUCAAUUUUUGGUGCAAAUUGCGUAAACAUUCAAAUUUAGAAAUUUUGUGUGGAAAUUUCGACGAAUAUGGUAGCUCUUAUAAUUUUAUUUUUAUUGCCAAUUUAAGCACGUAAUAAUGAUAAUAUAUUUUAUUAUACAAUGCACUCAAUAAAUGUUAAAUACCUA